CUUGCGAGAGCUGUAGCGGACCGUGGAGGUCCUCACGAGGUAUCUAAAAAUAAACAAUGGGCUGAAGUUGCCCGUGAGAUCAAAGAAGGAGGAUACUCGCAAACCUGUACUUCAGCAUCUAAAACUAUCAAGGAACGUUAUUUUGACUUCAUUGAUCCGUACGAAAAAUAUAUAUCUGAAGCAAAACGAGAAUGCAAACUAGGAAAACUUGACAUUAAAGUCGAUCUUGCAAAAACUGUUGAUGUAUGUGGAAAAUGUGGGAAAUUGACAGAGGGAAAUGAAGACGUAUUGCAUUGUGAUGGUGACUGCGAAAAACAAUAUCACAUAGAUUGCCUUAAUAUUAAAAAAGAGCACCUUAACCCUGAUGCGCAAUGGCAUUGUCCAAUGUGCCUUUUUUUAACCGGUACUGAUUAUGGUUUUGAACCUGGCAAUGGAUUCACUUUGAGGGAUUUGCAGCAAACCGCGGAUGCCUUUCGUCAACGUUAUCUUAAAAACCAUCCUGUGCCACCUGGAGUAUCAAUGGAAGAUCAUAUUGAAUCUGAAUUCUGGCGGCUUGCACAUUCAAUGGAUGAUAAUACUGAAGUCUUUUAUGGCGCUGAUAUAAAUUCAACAGAUUAUGGCAG